AUGAUUUUUACCAAAGAUUUUGAUGAGUUCGAAGAACAGUUAAGAGAACACGAAGUUGAAAUUUCUUGUAAAUACAUUCAAAUCAAAUCUCCACGGACAUUUUCUGCAGAUAAAGCUGAGCGUUCUACAAAUUCAAGAAUACGUUGGGAAAAUGGUAUACCUUUCGUUAUAAUUGGAACUAGAGUUUAUGGUUGCCAUCAUGGACGAGACAAUAACUUAUACCAGAAAAGGAAAUAUGCAAAUGAAAGAGAUGUCAAAGCUUGUGGUGAUCAUGCCUUUACCAAAAGGUACAACAAGACACAACUUACGAAGAAAUUGGAUUGUCCCGCCAAAAUUUCUGUGUCCAGAAUUAUUAAGUUCCAGGAAUACAAGGUAUUGGAGUCAGCUGGCGAGUAUGCAAAAAAGAAGAUAUCCCAGCUGAUUAAAGAGAAAAUUUCCAAUGAAGACUUUGGCGAAGAGAGCUAUAUAUUUAGGUUUCCAACUUCUUCUGACCACAAAUUUCAUUUAAUGGGAGACAGUGCAGCAGUUAAUGAGCCGAUUGAUGUAAGAGUAAGAGAGCAGAUUGUUAAACUCAUUCAUAAGGGAGAAAGAGACUCGUAUGUCAUUUCAAAGCUUAUAAACGAAUUCGUAGAAAGAGAGCUGAAUCAAAGUGAUAGAUUGAGGAGAAGAUUUUUCCCAGACAUAAAAGCUGUCAGGAAAAUUGUUUCGUCAGAAAAAAUAAAGUUAAGAAAAAGUAUCAUCGACCAGGAAGAGACUGAGAUGUUAAGCAAAAAUUUAGACACUGCCAAAUAUAAUGUAUUUUUUAGGCCUAGCGCUUAUUCAGUUCAGGCAGGGGAGAAUUUGUGCUCUGAAGAUGAAGAGACUCAGGAUUGCACCAGUGAUUUAUUGUUCGUAGUUCAAACUAAAGAAAUGCAAGCACUUUAUAGAAAGUAUGGUGGUAAUACGGUGAUGCUUGAUGCUACUUACAAAACAUGCAAGUAUGCAGUUCCACUUUAUUUCUUAGUAGUGGAAACCAAUGUGAAUUAUCAGGUUGUUGCUGUCCUAAUAACACAAUAUGAAUCAGCUAGUGCCAUUACUGAAGCAUUGACUAUAGUUAGAAACUGGAGCCCAGACGUUAAGCCCAAUUAUGCCAUGGUGGAUUUUGCUUAUGAGGAAAUAAAUGCCCUCCAAAGUGUGUUUCCUAACAUUAAAGUCUAUAUAUGCAGCUUUCAUCGCGAACAGGCUUGGAACAGGUGGUUUUCAAGGUCUAAUAAUUCAGAUAUUCCAAGAAACGAAGCCUUGAUUUACCUCAGAAGAAUUGCAAAUGCACCAACAAUUCAAGCCAUGGAAGAAGCAAUCAAUGCGUUGAAGUCUUGGCUUCCCUAUGAAACCACUCCUCUGAAGGACUAUUUUGAAAAUACUUGGAUGAAAGAGGUUGAAAGAUGGGCAAUAGCUUACAAGCCUGAUGAUAUGUACGUCAACACUAACAACGGUGUUGAACGACUAAAUAAGGAAUUAAAGUAUAACUACUUGACAGGGCUCAGAUCAUGUACACUUUCUGAGAUGAUAAGUGUUAUAUUGAAGGAGUUUUUACCAGAAAGAUAUUUGGCGUAUGUGAGAGAAAACUUGAAGCUGUCAUCAUUAUCUAAAAAGUACGACCAAUCAAUUCCAUCUUACCUCCAUGGUAGGCCCAAAUGGUUUAUUGACCACGUUAUCACAAAAAUAGAUCUGGCCAGUCAAUGUGAUGCAAAAAUUUCAGUUAUUUCUGAAAAUAAGUUUCAAGUGUUUUCUACAUCAAGGGAUGAGUUGUAUGAAGUGAAAUUCGAUAAAACCACGAUGAGUAGCAGCUGCACUUGUGCCAGUUUUAAGAAGGAGAGGCUUGUAUGUAAGCACGUGAUAAUGGUUGGAAACAAAAUUCCAGAAUGGAGCUUGGAGAAUAUCCAUACCUGGUUAUUGAGAAACCCAUUGUUUUGUAUUGACGAAUCAUUAAUUGCUCCUAAAGACACAACAUCGGGUAGUCCUUUGGUUGGAGGAGAAGAUGAUGAAAACAUUGCUCCAAGAUCUUCUCUACAAGACAAAAACCUGGAAUACAAGGAACUAACAUUAAGAGGAAGCAGAAGGCGUCAGUUAAUAAACAACUUUGGCUCUGCAAACCGAACACUUCAGUCACUUCUUUGGUAUGUCGACGAAGAGACGAUACUCUCUGUUAACAAGAAGAUGCGGGAUCUCAUAAGAGAAACUAAAGGAAAAGUGUCUACUGACAAAAAAAGUAACAUACCCAUAGAGCCUUGUUCAGCAAAACAAACUUGUCGCAAAACUAAGAAGACAAUCUACAAAAAUAUUUCCCGUCACCAAAAAAAGAGUCAUAUCGGACGAGUUGGGGUUUUUGCAGAUACUUUGAAAGCUGCAAGAAAUAUUGCAAUCAAUUGUGCCAACCAGCCUGAAGAAAGGAAUUUAAAAAGGAAAUUUGUAGUAAAAAUAAAUUCCAAAGUUGAAGCACUUAAAAAGAGAAGAGUAACUGAAAACUAG